CCUAACCUCAAUUUUACACAUGUUUUUCAGUUGUUUCCAGUAUCGUUUGCACAUGUUUUUCUGAAGAAUUUUUUCAAAAUGGUAAAAGUGAAGAGCAAACUAACUCUCCAGAAGGAUAAAACUACCAACAUGGUUAACGAGUCAAAGAAGCGAAAGAAACCUGAAACAGAGGAAUCGCAGAAAAGCCCCAAAUUGCAAAAGACAGACCCAUCAUCAACUGACAAACCGAAAAAUGGUUCAAAAUUCAUGAAAUCUGGCAAAAAGGGCGUUCCAACUAAUCCCAAAGGGGGCAAAGCCAAAAUACUUCCAUUUAAAGGAAAAGGUAAAGAUGCCCCAUUUGAAAAGGUAGAAGAUUGGCAUAAAUAUAAACAGGAAAAAAAGGAACUGCGAAUGAAGCGAAUUAAGGCAAGAACUAAAGACAACUUUGACAAAAUACAACAAGCUAAGAAAAUGGGAGAAAAACUAAGAUUGAAAAAUCUCAAGGAAACAGAUAGGAUUAAAAUUAUAAACCAACUGCACGACCUUCUUAAAGGGCAUUAUGCAAAAUUUGUUUUGGCUCAUGAUACUGCCAGAAUCGUUCAGUGGUUGCUGAAAUAUUCUAGUGAUAUUCUUGUGCAUCAAAUAUCCGAAGAACUAAUCCCAAUUACUGUUGACAUGCUACAUCUAAAAUAUGGAAUACAUUGCGUAGAACGCUUAUUAAAGUAUGGCAAAGACGAUAUUAGGACGGCAGUAGUUGAUCAACUGAAAGGCCAUGCAGUGAAAUUGGCUAGUCACACAAUCAGCGCUCCAGUGGUUGAAAUUGCAUUUUCUCAACAUGCCACUUCUGUCCAGAAGCAAUUUCUUAUACAGGAAUUUUAUGGAGAUUUAUACAAGAACUCCAAAGAUCCAAAUGUAAAACACAUAAGAGAUGUGUAUAAAGGAAAUGAUAGCAUGAAGACUGGAACCCUAAACGCUUGCAAGGCCAAUAUUAAAAGAAUCCUCAACAAGUCACUUUUAGAUUCAGGAAUUGUUCAGACCGUCUUGCAUCAGUUUUUAGAAGAAUGCUCAGCUGAGGAUCGCGCUGAUCUAAUCUCAGAAUUAGCUGCUCACAUAGUGGUCAUAAGCAAUAGUAGAGACGGAAGCAAAGCUGCGAUGCAGUGCAUAUGGCAUGGAACCGCAAAAGAUAAGAAGGUCAUUAUGAAGACUCUCAAAGAACAUCUACUUGAAUUGUCAAAACACGAGUUUGGACACAGGACUAUAAUUGCACUUCUAGACACAGUAGAUGAUACAGUUCUGUUGCAUAAAAUUAUUUUAUCGGAGAUUUUGAAAGGAGCCAAGGAUUUGGCUGUUAGUGAGUAUGGAAGAAAGGUACUGCUCUGGUUAGUUGCCCCAGCAGAUUCGAAAAUUUUCCACCCGCAAUUUAUUAAGGAACUGACCGCUGGAAGAGAAGCAUCCAACAGCAAAAAACCCGUGGAGACAAGAAGAUCCGAAAUUCUAGUCUACUCUGCAAAUUCUUUACUGAGCUUAGUUAUUGAAGACGCAAAUUUCUGGUUAUCCUCGGGAUCCAUAGGAGUUGAGAUGGUUGCCAUUAUAAAAUCUGGAUCGGGAAAUGUUCUGGAAGAAGCUCUUAACAGCAUAGUAGGAACGAUUACAGACAUGGAUUGGACGGUGAAAGAUGGCGAGAAAGAUGUGAAGGGAAUAGAACAUCCGGCUCUUCACAUGGUUUUAAAAAAGUUGGCCCAAAAUGAUAAAACUGCCACCGAGGAAAAUAAGUCAACAUUUGGCUCUGCUUUAGUGCAAGGGCUAGAGAAACAAACUCUUAAACGCUGGUUGAAGAUCAACAGAGGCAACUUCCUGUUGGUAGCUGUCUGGGAAAACAGCAUCAGUGCCGUGCAAAAGCAAUUGAAAGUUAAAUUGAAACCCCACUUGGAAUUCCUGAAGUCGCAAGAAACUGCCGGUGCCAAAAUAUUACUGAAAAAAUUGUAAUUUUGUGUUUUUUAUAGAUACUUCUUUAUUAAAUAAAUACAAUUUGACUAUGAAA